GGUUGCGCUUCACAGUUUCACUCGCACUUUUACGCGAGCAGAAGUCUUUGAGGAAUAACACAAACGGCCGAAUUGAACAGGAAUAUACCUUCGAAAAUUUUGUUGAUGGAUUUAGCAGGGUAGAUGGAGGUGUUGGGCAGGUGUUUUAAUAAGAGACAGAGUGCUGUCACUCUGGUUGGGCUCUCCGUUAAAAAGUUGGAAAGAAGAGGAGGCGAGGUGCAAGAAUGGAGCAGGCUCAUGGUUUACUGCUCAACGAGGAAACCUGCAGUCAGCUGAGGGAGCACCAGAGGGCCGAGUUUAUCUUUGAGUGGCUACGUUUCCUCAAGAAGCUGCUCCCUACCACAGACCGGGCCAAUUUGAAACAGAACCAGAAACGGCUAGUGGAGCAGCUGACGAGGGUACUAACGAGUUCUCCAGGCCCCCCGACACGCUGUCUCCUGGCACACUGUCUGGCGCUGGUGUACAGAGUGGGCGAAUCCCUAACGUCCAGCCUCACUGUGGACCGCUGCAAUGACAUCGUCCGCAGCAAGGACGACUCACCCAGCUUCCUGCCUACACGACUGGCAGCUGUGGCCUGUUUGGGUAUGUUGUAUGAGCAACUGGGGCGACUCCUUAUCAACUCAUUUAAAGAGACAGUGGCAAACCUUCUGAAAUCCAUGAAGAGUGCAGAGUCCCAGGGCCGCUGUGAGAUCAUGUUGUGUAUUGAGAAGAUUCUAAAGGGUUUAGGUAUGAGUGCCAUGUCCUGUCACAGAGACAUCUAUAAAGCUGCCCGUACCAGUCUUACUGAUCGCUCCAUGGCUGUGCGCUGUGCUACUGCAAAGUGUCUUCUGGAGCUGCAGAGAGAGGCUAUUUUUCUGUGGUCCACAGAGCUGGAGAAUGUGGCCACUCUUUGUUUCCGAGCCUUCGAGGGCUCAAACUACGAUGUCCGAGUCAUGAUUUCAAAACUGCUUGGCACUUUACUAGCAUCCGCAUUGGAGCCGAGACAGGCUAUUGCUCCAAGGCCAGGCUCCAAGCGCAACUCCCUGGAGGAGGUGAUGGAGCUGCUGAGUUCUGGUUUCCUGAGGGGGGGAGCCGGCUUUCUGAGGGCCAGUGGAGACAUGUUGAAAGGCACCAGCUCAGUCAGCAGAGACGUGCGCGUGGGCAUCACCCAGACAUGUGUAGUGUUUGUGUCCAUUCUUGGCGGUUCGUGGCUGGAGACACACUUCUCCUCUCUUCUUUCUCUUCUCACGGUGUGGGUGUCUCACACGCGGGCGACACAGUGCCCUGCAGAUGCUGUUGCCUGUCGCUGCUGUGUCUCCUUCAUACUGCGGACCACUCUUGGCAGUUUGCUGGGGGAGAAGGCCCAGAUCGCAGCCGCCAAGGAGAUCUGCCAAAUGAUCAGCAAACAGAAGAGGGUUGUGGAUGCAGCUCUUCACGAGGGGAACGUUGAGACACGAGUGAGCCCUGCAGAUGUAGCAGCUAGUCAGCACGUGUUGGUGUGUAUCCUGCUGGAGCUGGGCAGUCUGCUGCAGCACCUGAGCUCCACUGCUCUCCCUCUGCUGCAGGACACUAGCAUAGGGAUGUUCGACACUGUGAUCUCUGUUCUCCUUCAACCCAGUGCAUCUGCCCGUCUUGCUGCUGCUUGGUGCCUGCGAUGUGUUGCCGUAGGGAUGCCUGCUCAGGUGGCAGUGAUGCUUGACCGCUGUACAGAGAGAUUGAAUGCCCUGAAGUCAUGCCCUGAGGCUGUGGCUGGUUACAGUGCUGCCAUUGCAGCUCUACUUGGAGCUGUACAACUCUGUCCGCUGGGAAUACCACACUCUAAGGGCAAGGUGGUGAUGACUGUGGCUGAAAAUCUCCUGCGUUCUGCUGCUCAGAACAGCAGAAUCUCCAUCCAGCGCACUCAAGGAGGCUGGCUGCUACUCAGUGCCCUCUCUACACUGUGUCCUACUGUAGUGGAGCAUCACCUGCCUCAAAUGCUGUUGCUAUGGAAAUGUGCCUUCCCGCUGUCUGUAAAGGACUUGGAGAGUGAGCUGCGGCAUGGAGACUCCUUCACCUGGCAGGUGACCCUUGAGGGCCGAGCAGGAGCACUGUGCGCAAUGAAGAGUCUGGUGGUGCACUGCAAAGACCUCAUUACCGAUGAUGUCAUCAGUCGUCUGCUUCCUCUCUUGUCCUGUGCAGUGGCCCUGCUCACUCAGCUGCCCUCACUCAUUAAAUCCUAUGGAAAGCAAAUAAAAAAUGCUGCCACUGUCUUCAGAUUGACAGUGUAUGAGAUCCUCACAUUGCUGCAGCCUAAAACAUAUGAAGAGAGCUUUGGCACAGUGUUGAAGCAGCUGCUGAAUGACCUGACUGGUCCAGAAAUCACAGCAGGUGCCGGGCUCAAUCUGCUGCCUAUGCUGUGCUACAGCCAAGACCUUGCACUGCUGGGACCGGGACUACAGGAUAUGGACCAGCACUACAUUGAGGAGCAGCUCCUUGGGGGUGGUUCUGGAGGUGGGACUUUAGAGAAUGACCCUUUCACCAUUUUUGAGACAGCUCAGGAGGUCCCUACCCCCCUCCCUCCAGCCUAUGCUCUAACGGCAGCAGCUGUCCAGCUGUUUGGAGUAAUUUUCCCUCACCUGGGCAUCCAGCAGAGGGCUCAGAUCCUAGAGCAGUUUUGUGGGUUUGUGAGACAGCUUAAAGGAGCCCGGCAACAAAUGGUUCAGAGCCAUGUAGCUGCUGCUUUCUGUUGCACUUUGAAGUGUUUAGCAUCAAGUCGGAGGGAUUUGGGUCCAGAGGAGGUACAAAGACCGGCCCUGUCUCUCUUAUUGGGGGCGCUAGAGAGUUCAAACCCUCUCUUGCGGUGCAUGGCUGCUGAGGGUUUAGCCAGGCUGGUGCAGGUUCUUAAUGACCCCAGCUUUACUGUUUCCAUCACUCUCAUGAGCUUUGACAAACUAAAGACAGCAAGGGAUGCCAUCACACGCACAGGUCAUGCUUUGGCACUAGGGGCUGUCUACCGCUACCUGGGUGGUAUUAGCUCCACCCAGUUCCUUAGUGCCUGUGUUGGGGUCCUCUUUACCCUGUCCCAGGACAGCACUUCACCUGAAGUUCAGAUGUGGGCUCUCCAUGCUCUGUCUAUGGUAGUGGAUUUAGCAGGGCAUCUGUAUCACUGUCACAUGGAGGCCAGUUUCACUUUGGUGCUACGACUGCUUUUGUCAACGCCACACACACAUGUGGAAGUGCAGCAGAGCCUGGGUCGCUGCCUUAAUGCCCUUAUUACCUCCAUGGGUCCAGAUCUGCAAGGUGAGGGUGUAGUUGUGUGUACGGUGAGGACAUCAUGUUUGAUGGGCUGUGCUGUGAUGCAGGACAGUCCAGACUCUCUGGUCCAGGCCGAAGCCAUCUCUUGCCUCCAGCAGCUGCACAUGUUUGCUCCACGCUUUGUGAACCUGGCCAGCCUGGUGCCCAGCCUCUGUGAGAUCUUAUUGGAUUAUUCUGUGUUGAUAAACCUGUGCAGCUCGUACCUGUCCCUAAGGCGGGCGGUUGUGGCAUGUUUGAGGCAGUUGGCGCAGAGGGAGGCCAUUGAGGUAUCUGAGCAUGCAGUAGCUCUGGUUAAAGAGCUGCCUCGGAGAGACAACACACAGCUGGAUGUCACUAUUAAAGAGGUGGGUUUGGAGGGAGCUCUGUUCAGUCUUCUGGAUAGGCAAUCUGACCCGCACCUAUGCCGAGACAUCCAGGAGACACUGGUCCACAUGAUAAGCUCCGCUGCUGAGGGCAAUCUGGCACACUGGCUGAAACUCUGCAAAGAUGUGCUCUCUGCCUCUGCAGAAUCAGCCGCAGCUGCCUCUUUAGAGACACAGCAGGAAGAGGAUGGGGAUCGAUAUGACGAUGGCUCUGCAUUCCACGCAAAGCCUGAGUCCAGCGGCCCCUUCAACAACCUGCGCUGGUCCACUCGUGUCUUUUCCAUGGAGUGUGUAUGUCGUAUAAUAGCCCAGUGUGAGAACGGAGAUCCGGCUCAUUUCAACAUGGCACUUGCUCAAGAAAAACGCUUACAUGAGUCCACAGAUUUCCUGGUUCUCCACUUGGCAGACCUCAUCCGCAUGGCUUUUAUGGCAGCCACAGACCACAGUGAUCAGCUCCGACUGGCCGGUUUACAAACACUGCUGGUCAUUAUCUGUAAAUUCUCCAAUGUGCCAGAGCCUGAGUUCCCUGGCCAUGUCAUUUUGGAACAGUAUCAGGCCAAUGGGUCCUCUACGAGCUGUAGAGCACGAGAUCUACUUUUUCAAAACCCUAUUACAGUUGGAGCUGCUCUUAGACCUGCCUUCAAUGUGGAUGCACCUCCAGAUGUCACUGCCAAAGCCUGCCAGGUUUGCAGUGCAUGGAUUGCCAGUGGUGUCAUCAGUGACUUGCAUGACCUGAGAAGGGUACAUCAACUCCUGGCCUCCUCUCUCACCAAAGUUCAGGCUGGGAGAGAUUCCAGUCAGCUGUAUAAUGAGAGUACCUUCACCAUGGAGGCGCUGGCUGUGCUCAAAGCCUGGGCAGAGCUGUAUAUCACUGCAGUCCAGAACUCCAGGCAGAGGGAGAGUCCAUGCAGUCAACAACAAAGUGAAGAGGUGGGAGCAGCAGGGGCUGGUCUGCUCAAAUUGGUUCAGACAGAUCUGGCCACCCUGAGCCGCCUGUGGCUGGCUGUCCUGCAGGACCAUGCCCUGCUCACCCUGCCCCCACAAUAUUCCAAUCAACUCCCAUCUACAGGUGGAUUGUUUUACACUGCAGAGACGGUUAAACAGGCCCUUCCACAUUACUGCAGUGCCUGGGCUACCAUUCUCCAUGCUACUGCACUUUGGCUUAACAGCACUGGAUUCAUCAUGGUGGACGAGGGGCCUGCCAACCUCUCUCGUCCCGUCACGCCCACCUCGAUGGGCCAGUCCACCUCACUGUGCAGUGUCAAAUCUCCAGAGGACCUCAACACUGACCGUCUACACCUCAUCCUGGGAAUCAGUGUGGAGUUUUUGUGCUCCCCUCACUCCGGGGACCAAAUGGAAUACAUUGAUUCCUGUCUCCAAGCUCUGCAGGCCUUAUUAGAGGUGCCUUGGCCCCGUUCCAAAGUGGGCAAUGAUCAGGCUCUGAGUGUAGAACUGCUCAGUGUUCUGCACAGGCUCAUAUUCACUCGGGAAUCUCCCAGCAUUCACAUGGCUGUGUUGGAACUGGUUCGCCAGAUCGUUUGUGCUGCUCAGGAGCAUGUCAAAGAGAAACGCCACAGUGCUGAGGUGGAUGAUGGAGCGGAAGAGAAGGAGACCUUUCCUGAGUUUGGAGAGGGGCGGGACACUGGAGGUCUUGUGCCGGGGAAGUCUCUUGUGUUUGGAGCUCUGGAGUUGUGUUUGUGCACUCUGGUCCGGAAGCUUCCACAGCUCAUCCCCAAGCUGGCCGGCAGCUCCUUGGGGCGGGGAGGACAGCCCUGCUCCCUCAGCAACACUGACUGCAGACUUGUCACAUCUGCUCUGGCCAUCCUCUCAGAACUGCCCUCCAUCUGUUCACCAGAGGGCAGUGUGUCGGUGCUACCAACAGUGCUCUAUCUGCUGCUUGGAGUGUUGAGAGAGGUGAUGAAGGGUUCUGUUGAAGCUGAAAGUGAACAGCUGGUACCAGGCAUCCUGCAGGCCUUGCGUACCGUUCUCACUUCUCCCAUGAGCAGAGCCGAGAAGAGUCGCGGAGCCUGGACUGAACUGCUGCGCUGUGCACUACAAACACUCUUGGAGUUUUGGUCUGAAGAUAAAACAGAGCCUGGAAUGGAUGAGGUUACAAUGUUGACAGCCCUCACGGUCUUCCUGCUGCAUGCUAGUGCUGAGGUCACCACUGUAGAGCCACUGCAGACAUGCUGCAUACAGACAUUUAGAGCCAGUCUUGAGUCCAAGGAGCCUUUGGUGCUGAGCAGGAGUUAUCAGUUACUAGUAUCUUUAUUUCAAGGCCCAGCGCAAGUAGCCAGGCCAUUUAUUCUGGCUUUGGGUGGCUGUCUAGUGUCACAGCUGGAGGGAGUUGAAAAGAGUCGUCCUCAGAGCCCUGCAGAGCUACAGGCAGUGCAAGACGCAGUCCUAGCCCUGGAAGCACUAGUGUUUGCUGCUGACGAAACUCACCGUCCACAUCUGGUGGCUAUGCUAUUGCCUAUCCUCAUCUCUCUGCUGCUGGAUGAGAAUGCUUUGGCAUCCGCUCCUGCAGCCUCUCGCUCACUGCAUGAAUCAGCCUUAAGGGACCUCAUGUGCAUUGGCCCCCAACACUCGGCUGUCUUCAAAUCGCUGAUGGCCUCCGCUCCGCACAUGAAAGCCCGAUUGGAGGGCGCCGUCAAGGGGAACCAGGAGAGUGUGAACACCAAGACACCAGCAGCCCAGGUCUUUAGUAAAAGCACACCCAGCAUCCAACUGAAGAUCAAUUUCCUGUGAAUCCAGCGCCCAUUUAAUAUGCAGCAUAUGCAGUCUCCUGACUGUAAAUGAUACAACUAUUAUGAUUGGAAUUACUAUUUUGAGUAAAUGACAAGGUGUUUUUUUUUGUUAUUUUUCAUGGUUUUAAAGCUAAAUCAGAGUAUAAUUUUUCUCAUUUAAUAAUUGUAGUGUACAUUUCAUUUUAAGAUCUGUAUUAACCUCUAUGAGGAACGUAAUACAUAUUUACUCGUGAAGGUCAGGGGAAAUACGUUUUUAACCCUAUGUAUCUCUUGGCAAAGACAGAUCAACAAAGGGAAUUAAUUUUAUGACUUCCAUAUAUAUCAACUUUUCUGUUUUAAUUAUUAACUCGUCACAACUCUACACAUGUAAUGAUUUUCUCUAACUCAAUAAUACAUAGCAUGGAUUUUUGCGACAAAUAUCUUUGUCAUUGUGUCUGUAAAUAGAAUGCAAAUGAAUAAUUUCUCACCGACAUGCUGCAGCCAAACCUUGUGCAAUACCAACUGCACCACUGAGAAUUUUAAAACUCGUCAUCUGCUGAAUUUUUCUUCUUUUCAUUUUCUUUCAUAAUUUCAAAUAUUUUAAAUUCCGAAGAAAUAGCUAUGCUUGUUGAGAAUGUAUUUAUGAUCACCAAAUGAUACUUUUAAAGCAACUCUGGUACACGUUCAAUACUAUUAUUAUUCUAAAUAUGCAUGGAAAUGUGUGCUGUUAUCACUUUGUUUCUCACAAGACUUAACCACUUGCAUUUCUAAAGAUUAGAAAGCAGACGGUCUAAGCAAGUGUAAUAGAUCUAACCUUAAGUAAUUAGUAGAUGGAGUAAGCGGAGCAAAGAUGUUCAGCAAGCAGUACAAAAAUAUUUACUACUAUAACAGCACUACAAACAUGUUUACAAAGCAAAUGCAUACGUUUCUGCAAAUAUUGGACUAUUGUUUUUUUUGUUUUUUCUCUCAGUAACUAUAGAAUUAAGGUGCUGUUUCUGUUAUAAGCAGUGAUGAUUACAUAAUGCAUUUGUACCAUAUUUUUGUAUGUUGUAAUAUGUACAGAUUGAAAUUUAAGGCAACAUUAACAUUUAUUUUCUCAAUAUAUU